AUGGUGUGAAGGCACAGAGUAUUACUAUUUUAGGCAAAGAGGUCUCUGUUCAUGACGAAACGAUUAUUCGUAACUGUAUCGUCUUGCCUCACAAAGAACUCAAGUCAUCCUACCACAGCCAAAUCCUCAUGUAAUCAUCGGCACGUGAAUUGAAAUAAAAUCCUUUUUCGUCCCCUAUUUUUUCUCUCUCUCUUUCUCUAUAAUAAAUAAUAGUAACAAUGGCCAGCAGCAGUGGUUCAGAAAGUGAAUAUGCAAAGUAUUGGAUAGACUGGUUUUUGGAUACAAAGGGCAAUGAAUACUUUUGUGAAGUGGAUGAAGAAUACAUUUUGGACAGAUUCAACUUGACUGGAUUAAGUGCUGAGGUGCCCCAGUAUUAUACAGAAGCACUUAAUAUGAUCACAGACAAUUUUGACGAGGAAAGUGUGGAUGAGAAAGUAAGAGAAGAGAUUGAAAAGACAGCUCGUCAUUUAUUUGGCCUCAUUCAUGCCAGAUUUCUCAUUACGAACAGAGGCUUAUUCAAGAUGCUUGAUAAAUACAAACGGGCAGAAUUUGGUCGUUGCCCUCGAGUACUUUGUAACAUGCAGUCAUUAUUACCUGUGGGACUAUCUGAUAUUCCAAUGACAAAGACAGUUAAGCUUUACUGUCCUCGAUGUGAAGAUAUUUACAAUCCAAAAUCAUCUCGACAUGCAGCUAUUGAUGGUGCUUACUUUGGUACAUCCUUCCCUCAUAUGUUAUUUCAAGUCUAUCCCAACUAUUUGCCAAGCAAGAGCUCCGAGAGAUAUGUUCCUCGCAUCUUUGGAUUCAAGGUUCACAGCAUUGCAGAACAGCACAGAUGGCAGGAUCAAUAUAAAGAGCAACAGUUUAAAGGAAACUAGACGUAAUAAAUCAAUCUUUUUUGUGUAUGCAUAAACCUGAGUCAAUUUUGCUCUUUUUUUU